AUGAAGGAUGAGAUUGUCAGACUCACGGUGCUGAUGGAGUCUGUGAUAGCUACUCAGAACCAAACGUCUCCGCCGCCUACAACUCCUCCUUCUCAAAGAACUAUUAUUUCAGAGAUUUCCUCGCCAUCUGUACCUAUUGUUGCUACCAGCCAAUCUUCUCCGGCUAUGCCAGCUGGGUUCCCGUGGGGAACGCCACCAAACUUUAUACAUGAAGGAUAUGCACCUACUUUUGCUUCUCUGCCGGCAUCUAGCCUGGUGAUGUUUGUGCCUCCUCCUAUUGUUCAUACUCUUCCUUGUGUCGAGGAAACUAUUUACCAUUCUGAGCCGUCUGGAGGUCCAGAUGUUUAUGGGAAGAUGGACGAGAUAAAGAAUCAGUUUCUUAAGUUACGCAAGGAAUUAAAGACUUUGAGAGGGAAAGAUUUAUUUGGAAAGAGUGCUGCUGAACUGUGUUUGGUUCCAAAUGUCAAAAUUCCGGUGAAUGUCAAGGAUAGUCUGACUGGAGCUGCCCUCAGAUGGUACAUGGGCCUGGACAGUGCUAGCAUCCAUUCUUUCAACGACUUGAGUGAGGCCUUUGUCAAAAAGUAUAAGUACAAUGUUGAUAUGGCCCCAGAUAGAGAUCAGUUAAGGUCUAUGUAUCAUAAGGACAAGAAGACAUUUAAAGAAUAUGCCCAGAGAUGGAGGGAGUUAGCUGCUCAAAUUAGUCCGCCUUUAGAAGAAAAAGAUGUUGGUUAUAUGUGUUGUUAUCAAUUUUGGUAA